CUUCAAAACACCAUCCAGAGAUCGUCUCUUUCCCACCCACAACACCAGACUCGCUGCCAUCUUCAGGUGUCACGAUCAAGUCGCUCCUUUAGUUUGGGUGAAGGUAAGAACGCUGUGUCUUUGUCGGCCAACAGCAGGAAUCGCUUGACCGAUUUUCAUGUAAAGGGAAGGUAAGAUAGGUCUGUGUCUUGUCCCGCCGGCAACUCUAUGUCACUCGCCGACGGCCUUGGCAACCACUCUGCUGGCACUGACGAUAUCUUCUGGACCGUUCUGGCCAAAUUCAUCCGCUGCUUCGUCUUUAUGAUCACAAAUCAUUUACAGACAAGAAGGACCAACAACCGCGUACUCUUCUUUUCAGGGUCUCUCAGCCGCAGUCAAGCAGCCAACCGGCAGAGGACGCCGUACUCCUUCUCGAUGAUCAGUCAAUAUCGCCGGCAAGGCGGAAUUAGGUUCGAGUCGAGGGACUCGUCAUCUCAUCAGACAAUCGCAUUUGGUGGCCGUGUUUGUCCCAUCCAUCCGGCAAUCAUGACUUUGACUUUUGACCGCGACUUCAACACGUGGAUACGUAUCUCUCAGCCUCCAGGUCUGGUUGCUACUCGUCGGCCGACGUGUCUCCAGGCAACUGAUGGCCCGGCGCCUUGGCUCGUCGCCGUUGUCGACAGCUGCAUGCAGAACUAUCGCACAUCUUCGCAAACUAGCGGCACCUUGUCAGCAAAAGGAUAAACGGCUUUUCCGCCUGAACGGCGACUCUGUGACUAAAAAGGCUCGUAUGAUGGCUUCUGGGCGCCUGGAUCCCUUGGGUUAGGCCUGCCAAAACGAGAUCUCUUCUUCAGCUGCGACGUUUCUUGUCGCGAAACAUCAGAUGAGUUUCGCUUCGUCCACAAAUAAACAGCGAGUCAGAUAUACCGCCUCGCAGAAUCUGAGCCUCUUAAGCCACUCUUCGUUCUCGUCUACCGACCUUACACCAACAUGAACACAGCACAGAC